UUCCACUCACUUUCUCACACUUUAAAAUGGCGGCGUUGAGCAGCGCCGAGUCCCCACCGCCCGUCUUUAACGGAGACACCUCAGAGCGGCAACCGGGCGGGGAACGGGGCCUCGACGAGCUCGGCGCAGCGCUGGAGCCCUCCUGCUCGCCGGGGAUCCCCGGAGGUCCGCAAGACGAGGAGAUCUGGAACAUCAAACAGAUGAUCAAGUUGACGCAAGAACAUUUAGAGGCUCUCCUGGACAAGUUUGGAGGAGAACACAAUCCUCCCUCCAUAUAUCUUGAGGCCUAUGAGGAGUACACCAGUAAGCUGGACGCCUUGCAGCAGAGGGAGCAGCAGCUGCUGGAGGCCACGGGCAACGGCACGGACUUCCCCUCCUCCUCGCCGACUCCCGUGCCGACCCUCCUGGAGGUCAAGAUGGGAGGCUGCGUGUCCGGCGGCGGCGGCGGCGGCGCUCAGCUUUUCCCCUCGGCGCCCAACACUUUGGCCGUCCUCCAGAAACCGGCGGACGCCAGCCGGAGCAACCCGCGCUCUCCGCAGAAGCCCAUCGUCCGGGUCUUCCUGCCCAAUAAACAGAGAACGGUGGUCCCCGCCCGGUGUGGGAUGACAGUGCGAGACUCACUCAAGAAGGCUCUCAUGAUGCGAGGACUCAUCCCGGAGUGUUGCGGCGUCUACAGGAUACAGGACGGAGAGAAGAAGCCGAUUGGUUGGGACACGGAUAUCUCCUGGCUGACCGGGGAAGAGUUGCACGUGGAAGUCUUGGAGAAUGUGCCGCUCACCACGCACAAUUUUGUGAGGAAGACCUUCUUCACGCUGGCCUUCUGCGACUUCUGCAGGAAGCUGCUUUUCCAGGGCUUCCGUUGUCAGACUUGCGGCUACAAGUUCCACCAGCGCUGCAGCACCGAGGUGCCCCUCAUGUGCGUCAACUACGACCAGCUAGACUUGUUGCUCGUGUCCAAGUUCUUCGAGCAUCACCCUUUCACCCAAGAGGAGGUCUCCUCCGAGGGCACUACCCCCGUGUCCGAAGCCUGUCCGUCGCUCCCUCCGUCCGACUCCACCGGGUCUAUAUGUCACGCCGCGUUGUCCCCAUCCAAGUCCAUACCCAUCCCGCCUAGUUUCCGGCCCGCCGAGGAGGAUCACCGCAACCAGUUCGGCCAGCGGGACCGUUCGUCCUCUGCCCCCAACGUCCAUAUCAACACCAUCGAGCCUGUCAACAUCGACGACCUGAUCCGAGAUCAGGGACUAGUGAGGUCGGAUGGAGCCCCCCCGAACCACCCUGCCCGCUGCUUGAGGAAGCACCGAACACGGACCUCAAGCCCCCUCCUAUACUCCUACCCCAAUGACAUUGUGUUUGAUUUUGAGCCCGAGCCCGUGUUCCGAGGGUCCACCACCGGACUGUCGGCCACUCCCCCCGCCUCGCUCCCGGGCUCCCUGACCAACGUCAAGGUUCCCCAGAAAUCGCCGUGCCCGCAGAGGGAGCGCAAGUCGUCGUCGUCGUCCGAGGACCGCAAUAAAAUGAAAACGCUGGGGAGGCGGGACUCCAGUGACGACUGGGAAAUCCCAGAGGGGCAGAUCACGCUGGGUCAGAGGAUAGGUUCCGGCUCCUUUGGGACUGUCUUCAAAGGAAAAUGGCACGGUGACGUGGCAGUGAAGAUGUUGAACGUAACGGCGCCGACACCUCAACAGCUUCAGGCCUUCAAGAACGAAGUGGGAGUCCUCAGGAAAACGCGUCACGUCAACAUCCUGUUGUUCAUGGGCUACACCACCAAGCCUCAACUGGCCAUCGUGACGCAGUGGUGCGAAGGCUCCAGCCUCUACCACCACCUGCACAUCAUCGAGACCAAGUUUGAAAUGAUUAAGCUCAUCGACAUUGCCAGGCAGACCGCUCAGGGCAUGGAUUACCUGCACGCCAAGUCCAUCAUCCACCGUGAUCUGAAGAGCAACAAUAUUUUCCUCCAUGAGGAUCUGACGGUGAAAAUCGGUGACUUUGGCCUGGCCACGGUCAAGUCCCGCUGGAGCGGCUCCCACCAGUUUGAGCAGUUGUCCGGCUCCAUUCUGUGGAUGGCUCCGGAGGUGAUCCGGCUUCAGGACAAGAAUCCGUACAGCUUCCAGUCCGACGUCUACGCCUUUGGCAUUGUGCUGUACGAACUCAUGUCAGGAGCGCUGCCCUACUCCAACAUCAACAACAGAGAUCAGAUCAUAUUCAUGGUGGGCCGGGGUUACCUGUCGCCCGACCUCAGCAAGGUGCGUAGCAACUGCCCAAAGGCCAUGAAGAGACUAAUGGCCGACUGCUUGAAGAAGAAGAGAGAGGAGCGACCCCUCUUCCCUCAGAUCUUGGCGUCCAUCGAGCUGCUGGCUCGCUCGUUACCCAAAAUCCACCGCAGCGCCUCCGAGCCUUCGUUAAACCGAGCCGGCUUUCAGACGGAGGACUUCAGCUUAUACGCCUGCGCCUCACCCAAAACGCCCAUCCAGGCGGGAGGCUACGGGGAGUUUUCAGCAUUCAAGUAAGUGCUGUGCAUCUCACCAACCCAUCCCUCGUCACUGCUCCGAAGUCCUCCCGACCUUGCUGUGGAUUAAUUCAUCACUGGGGAGAGGGGGGGGAGGGGAAGAAAAAAAAAACCCUGAAACAUAGUCUUAAACUAACGUUUUCUUCCUCGACCGACGACAAGAUUCCAACAUCAAAGCCGUCCGUUGGGCAAUGAGCCAAAGCGACAGGCAAACCGAAUCGCGGAAAACAUCAAACCACACCCCCCACCCAAAAAAAAAAGAUUAAAAAAAAAAAUCACAAAUGGUAAAGAAAACCCUAGCACGACGAUAUCCAUAUCAAAACCAUUUGGAGGCGGGGCAAACUUGCCGGGUGGACCAGCCCGCCCAAGAAAAUGGUGACCGGAUACGACUGUGGCUCCGGCUGCACUUUGGAAGGAGGCCUGCAGGGGGCGGUGCUCUGCCGGGCGCUUGCAGGCUCGCCAGAUGAGCUGAGAAGCAGGGGUGAGCGCAGGGCUGGGGGGAGCCGCCUCCCCAACUGUGACUUGAAAGCUGUUUUUUUUUUUGUUUUGUUUUAAAUAUAUAUAUAGCUUGAAGUUUGUUAUGCUAUGACUUUAACUAGUGCUUGCGAGCGGUUUGGAUUUUUGGAGCAAAACUUUCAGUCCUGCAGCAAAGCUCAUUGCUUUUUGCGGUCCGCUUGUCAAAAUCAUGUUUGAAAACGUUUUUUUUUUAUUAUUAUUAUUUUUUUUUUUACUGAUACACAUUUUUCGUGGGUGUCAGAAGCUUUUUAUUUUGCGGGAAGAAGCUUAUUUUUUUUUGGGCAAUAGAAGCAACGCAACUUUUUUGAUGAUAGAUGCGACCAUGGGGGAGCUGAUAACUCUUUUUGCCUGAGAAAAGCAAAAACUUUUUGGGCGAUAGAAGCAACAAAACUUUUUGACGUUCCAAGCGACACAUUUUUGAUGAUGUAAGCGAUUUUUUUUUUUUUUUUUUUUUAAUAGCAGUAACGUUUUUGGAUGAUAAAGGCGACACUUUUUUGGGUGAUGUAAUUUUUUUGGGGGGGGGAGCAACUGAAGUGACGUUUUGAGCAGCUGACGUGAACCAAUUUUUAUGGGCAAUUGAAGCAAAAUAUUUUGGGGGGGAUGCAAUGAAAGCUACGCAAUUUUUGUUGGCCAUAAAAGCAAGGGAUCUCUUUUUGAGUGAUAAAACAAAAACUUUUUGGUGGCAAUGGAACGAUUACUUUUUUUGGGGGUGUGGGGGGGGUGAUAGAAGUUGGAUCCACAUUCCAUUUUUAAAGCACUGAGCAUUUGAUAUGGAAAUUGUUGUUUCUGAAUAUCUUCAGAUUUGGGGGGAAGAUUUUUUUGUGUGUGUGUAGUUUUUGGGGGAAAGGGGGGUGGGGUUUGAUUCUCAAAGUACUUUAAGUUGAGGAGCACAUUUUGUGCAUGUUUCCGUUCCCUUUUUUUGGUGCGUUAUGUGGCUUUUAAUAUUGCACUCUGGUCCGGAUCCCACUCCUGAAAAGCUAGCACGACGAAACGGGCUGCAGUGUCACUUGACAAAAAGACCAGCGAGCCUUUCAAGUGUUUCAAAUGUAUUUAAGACGGCUCUUUCGGUCACAUUAACAUGAAUUCAUUCCAGAAUGUGCUUUUUUUUUUUUUUUGUUUUUUUUGGGGGGUGGGGUUGCAUUUUUCUGUCAACCAGCAGUAUUUAUUUGUCAUCUAUGUUUUACAAGCUAAUUUACAGAAUUAUUUUGAAGCUUUCUUGCCAAGUCUGUGACUUCUAGACAUUGCACUUUGUAGAAAUUAAUUGAAGCAAAUGAGCGACUUGCCUUUUUUUGUGUGUAUUAUUAUUAUUAUUAUUAUUGUUGUUGUCCGGAAUUGACAAAGCACAGUAUGGUAUUUGAAGCCGGUGGCAUCACAGGCUUGGCAUCCGCAGGACCCGAUGCGAAGAUUUUUUUUUCUUCUCUGUCAGACCGCUUUUAUUUAGUAACGUGUAUCCCAAGUGAAGAGAGCUGAGCUCGCAAUUUUUGUUGUUUCUGGAUCUUAAGCGCGUUGUUGCUCCCGUAACUUCGCUUUUCAUUUCCUGGCAGCUCCUUUUACAACAGUUAUUUAAUUCUGUGUGAUGUAGUCUGUGUUUUACAUUAACUUUUGGUUUAGAAUAUUUUUUUUAUGGAGGGUGUGGGGGUUUAGGUCAUCCGUCUCAGCCCCUCCAAAAAUGCACAGCCCCAUUGAAGAACAUCAUUGCCAAACGUUCGAGUUUAAUGAGUCAUUUGGAAUGAGUUUAUAAUAGGUGCAAGUUGUUUUCCAAUGAAAAGCAUGUAUUCCCAUUUUUGGGGACGAGGGGGUGUCUGGCUAAAAAAAAAAAAAAGGUUUAUGCUAAUUGUCAAUCUCAUAAAUGGGCAAAACACGAAAGAAUCGCGAGCCAAUAUAAAAGAAUGUACAUCCGGUUUUUUUUCUUAUCUCUACAAAAAAAAUACAAGGUCAUCAUAAUAUUCACCAGGGAAAUAUUACAAGCUGGUUUUAACCCCCCCCCCCACCCCCCCCAAAAAAAAUCACAAGGUACAUGUUUUUGUUUUGUGGACGUUACGGUUGUUUGCAAACACGCUUUAAACGGCAAUAGCUUUUGCAAAAGUGUCCGAUACACUUCCAGAGGGUUCAAAUUAUUGUUCCGGUUUGAAGUUGGAAGUUUGUUUGCUAUUUCAAAAGCAGCGACUGAAAACGUGGGUUUCUUAUCCUGACACGUCAUGGCAUUAAACGUGUUUCAUUUCAUGUCUUUUUCGCCCCAAUCACGUAAAUCUGCUCCGUUAACUCCCACGGUGACGUUUAUUUUCGGGAUAAGAGCGCCUCGACAUUGCCUAAAAGUGACCUCAGUUACCGAAGUGAGUUAUCUAAGUUUUCUGGUCCUUACUGUCCUCCCUUUGUCUUUGCUGCCUGCACCUUAAAAAAAACACGACCUAAUUCUGUUUAGCCAAACUGUCAUGUCUUUAAAACGAUUUGCUUGUUUUGUUCAUUUCCCUCUGUCCAUCUGUAAAUAGUGUACAAAGAAAAGAAAAAUCCUGACUACCUGCUAGGAAAGCAUGGGAGAUCUCCACACGGAACAGACUUUAAAAUGUCCGAUCAGACGUUUUCAAAAUGGUUGCGUGUACAAGAAGAAGAAAAAUUGAAUUAUUUAAGGCUGUAUCAUAAGGAGACAGAGCUUCAUGUAUUUGUUGUGAAUAUGAGAUACCGAUAUAUUAAAGAAGUGCAUGAAAAUUCAA